UGUAACUCUGGAAAAAGAGUGCAGAGCCUGAGACACAUUACGCAGAGGACGUGGACGAACCGGCGCAGACACAGAGAGCAGAGCCGUCUUGGCGGUGUGGGACUGUUAGACACUGCAGCGUCCGGAAUCAAAGUGACUUGAAACGGAAGGACAAUGGUGCAACACACGGACAACAGCGAGACGGAUGGGAGCAUGUCCAGGGAGGCUACCGACUCGGAGGAGAGUGAAUUUAUGGCAUGCAGCCCCGUAGCGAUAAACCCGGACUGGUGCAAGACAGCCACCGGUCACAUCAAGAGACCCAUGAAUGCAUUCAUGGUCUGGUCCAAAAUCGAGAGGAGAAAGAUAAUGGAGCAGUCGCCGGACAUGCACAAUGCAGAGAUUUCCAAGCGCCUUGGGAAGAGGUGGAAGAUGCUCAAGGACAGCGAAAAGAUCCCGUUUAUCAGAGAAGCCGAGAGGCUGCGGCUAAAACACAUGGCUGACUAUCCCGACUACAAGUACAGACCGAAGAAAAAACCAAAGCUCGACAGUUCAAAAUCAUCAGCACCGUCUCCGGAGAAGUGCGGCAAAAUGGCAAAGACUCCCAGCAAGAAGUGUUCAAAGAUAAAGACUAAGAGCGGCUCCAAGUCCUCUCACGGCUACGGCGAGGACUGCGUGUUUCCCAGCCUAAAAGUUACAAAGACUGUAAAAAGUGAGCUCACCGAUGAGGACGACGAUGACGACUACGAGGAGGACUACCGGAUGGGGAUUAAGCCGGGGGAGGAGGAGCGCCUGAGGCCGUACAACGUAGCCAAAGUUCCCGCGAGCCCAACUUUGAGCUCCUCGGCCGAGUCCGAGGGGACGAGCAUGUACGACGAAGUGCGGAGCAACAACAGACUGUUUUACAAUAUCAAAAGCAUAACCAAGCAGAGCACAUUGCACGCUGCUUCCGUCUCACCAGCAUCCUCCAGGUCGGUCUCCACGUCCUCCUCCUCCUCCUCGUCCAGCAGCAGCAGCAGCAGCUCCUCCUCUGGAGAGGACGCGGACGAUUUGCUGUUUGACUUUAGUUUGAAUUUCGCUCCCAGCGCCCCAGGCUCAGAGCUGGGCAACCCCAAUUCAGGAAACCUCUCCCUGUCUCUUGUGGAUAAGGACCUGGACUCGUUCAGUGAGGGCAGCCUGGGCUCUCACUUUGAAUUCCCAGACUACUGCACGCCAGAACUCAGUGAGAUGAUUGCCGGAGACUGGCUGGAGGCGAACUUUUCCGACCUGGUCUUCACAUACUGAGAAAAAAAAACAGUUCCUCUAGUAAUAACAGAGAAGGGAGAUAUGAAAUUAUAUGUGUCCCGGUCAAUUUGUCCCUAGCCCUGCCUCCUGUGGGUUUUUUUUUCUGAAGGGUCCUGGAGGGAGGUGGAGGACCAGGAGGCGAGGUGAGGUUUGAGGAAUGAGAUGCUUAUGAAGCCGGUAGCAAAAAAAAAAAAAGAAAAAAAGAAAGAAAAAGAAAAAAAAAGCAAAGUCUGCAGACUUUUUUUUUAUCUGGCAGCAUGACAGGGUUUUAUGGAUUUUUCCCCCGUAGGUCUGCAUUUACUGUUCAGCUUAAAUGGACCACAAAGGGAAAAAAACGUGAACUUCUAUGCAUCUUUUCCUCUUAAAAACAACAAAAAAAAAACUGCAGGGAGCUGAACUCGAACUGUGGACUGUCUCAAAGCAAAUCUGUGAACUGACAAUUGUUCAGGAUGUUACUUUACAACGGUUUAUGUAAUUUCUAAAUGCCGCAAAUGUUUGUUUGUUUUUUUGUAACUGAUUCCGUUUACCUCCUGGUUUGGACAAAUUACGCAGCCUAAACCUCUGCAGAAUACAGGUGUGGAGGAAACAUUUUGAUACAUAACAGACCUCAUCUUUUUAAAAGAAAAGUAAGAUAUUUUCAGGCAUAUUUUUGUACAGUUCAAAGGGAAUGUUCUUACUGUGCUUUCAGUGAGUUUCAGGCACUUCUUCCCUUUAUCAUUUGUUUUUAGCAUGCAAGGGAGUCCUGGUUUUAAGGAUUAAGUUAAAUUAAAACUUGCAUCAAAAAUGCCUUGUGAUUUUAAACUAGGUUUUGUACAGUUGUAGAGCAGAUUUGUUGAGUAUUUGUAGACGAUACAAUGGCAUCAUGGGGAACACAUACCUCAGAGCUGGAACUAGUUUCAAGAUUGUAUAUGUACUGUAAUAUAGUAAAGUUAGGAGUUUAUGUAUAUCAUACUCGUGAUAUGUGGAUGGGUCCCAAUCGCAGGUGUGAAACUGGAUUUUGGUAUUUUUUAUGGCACAUACUGUUUUUCCCCCCUUCUCAUUUUUUUGUGCAAUAUAUACUCUCUAAGAUACAGACCAUCAACAAUUGUAGCAAGUGAUGGAAAAACAGACUCGUGCACUGUCAACAUCAUUUCAUGUUAUGAUGCUGAAGCCUGUCCGGGCAGGAUAAUAAACAAAUCAGCUGGAACUGAUACAAAACAAUUUAAUAUGGCCUCAUGGUGUGAUGCAUACUAUUGAAACGGAUUGAUAUCACAAUUUGAAUGUUAUUUGACACAUACGAUUGGAUAGUGGGCGUACAUAGCUGACACCUAAAACACCUCAAAGCUGACUGCAAAUUAGGGAAGAAGAGUUCAGAAAAAAACAGAGAGAGAGAGAAAAGGGCAUAGUCUGAUACAGUGGUGGUCUGGCAUUAGUUUUAACAAGCAAGCAAAAAAGAACAUUCCAUAGUCCUGUUUCAUGAAAUGAAACUUUAUUUUAAAACUGAAGACUGCCUUCUUUUUUUAAAACAUUAACCACAAACCUGUAUUUUUUAGUUCUUGCACUUAAAAAAAAGCAGAUAUUGUUUAUUUUUAUGUGGGUCUUACAUAUGAAGUCCGUUUGAUAAAAAAAAAAAAAAAGGUUUUGGAAUAUGACCUAAUUAUACGCCGAGACGUUUUGUUGGAAGUUCUAGGCAGUAGUUACUUCACAUUCCAAGUGUGAAUCUGUCUUUGACUCAUCUUUUAAUAAAUAAGUACCUACCACCAUCGACUGUCCUUUCAGUUUGUGAAUAUAUGUACACAAAUGUGUUAUUUGUUGCGUUUGAAAAGGAUGUGAUGACAGAAUGAUGCCUAUUUUGUAUGUAGGCGGCUACUUUAAAUGGAUGGGCUCAAACUACCGUGUGAAUUCACAUUUAAUAAAAAGGAGAAAAAAGGAAACUUUUAAA